CCCUCGAGCCAAUCACGCGCUUCGACCGUUGCUCCCCAAGAUGGCGGCUUCCAGUGAGCGGCUUUGCUCAUCCUCGCAGCAGAACGAUAGAUAUCACCUUAUCUCCGGAUCAUUUGAACUCUCCACAGAGAGCUGAGCGGGGCUGCGCUGUGAAACACGGAAGCCGUCCCUUCCCCUUUGCCCUAUUGCGCUUUCAUGGUACGCGGAGCCGGGCUCGGUGUUGGGCUGAAGGGGGUUGUGCUAUCCGAGUAUGGCCACCGACAACAGGAUCAAUUUCUGGAGGAGAAACACUAAGGUUCCCGGAAGCGUGCAGCCAGUUUAUGGAGCACAGCAUCCACCUCUCGAUCCCCGUUUGCGACGCACGUACCCAAAAGACACAAAGCCAAAAUUCAACAACCUUAAGUCUAAAAAAGCUUGCAGCUUCCACGAAUUUGCUUGCAGCACAAACGAUGCUUGGGACAUUGACGAUGAGGAGGAUGACAACUUCUGCGGGACACCCUUCUCAGCUUCCUUUACGCCUUCAGGCCAGGACUUGACGUCUGUGCACAACCAGCAACUGCGGCAUCAGACGGGUGAAACGGAGCCUGUGUUGCCUCACAUACUGACUCCACCCAGGGACGAGGGUCACAACUCCCAAAGGGAUGACGGCUCAGAGUGUGAGCGUGUCAACGGCAAAUUUGUGAAGUCUAGUAGUGACGCAGAUCUCAACACGACCUCAGUCCGCUCCUCACUGCAGAAGCAGCAGUCUCUCCCAGUGCGUCCCAUCAUCCCUCUGGUGGCUCGUAUCUCGGAUCAGAACGCGUCAGGGGCUCCACCCAUGACGGUGCGGGAGAAAAGCCGGCUGGAUAAAUUCAAGCAGCUGCUGGCCAGUCCCAACACUGACCUAGAAGAACUGCGGAAGCACAGCUGGUCGGGAAUACCAAGAGAAGUCCGACCAAUCACGUGGAGGCUUCUCUCUGGUUACCUGCCGGCCAACAAGGAGCGCAGAGAGCUGGUCCUGAAGAGAAAGAGAGAGGAGUAUUUUGGGUUCAUAGAGCAAUACUAUCACUCCAGAACAGAUGAGCACUAUAAAGACACAUACAGACAGAUCCACAUUGACAUUCCAAGAACCAACCCGCUCAUCCCUUUGUUCCAGCAGCCUGCAGUCCAAGAGGUAUUUGAGCGGAUUCUGUUUAUCUGGGCCAUCCGUCAUCCAGCCAGCGGAUACGUCCAAGGCAUCAAUGACUUGGUCACACCUUUUUUUGUCGUCUUCUUGUCCGAGUUUGUCACGGAAGAUGUGGAGAACUUUGACGUGGCGGCUCUGCCUCUGGAGACCCAAAGGAACAUCGAGGCCGACAGCUUCUGGUGCAUGAGCAAGCUGCUGGACGGCAUACAGGACAACUACACCUUCGCCCAGCCUGGAAUCCAGAACAAGGUGAAGGCGCUGGAGGAGCUGGUCAGCCGGAUAGAUGUGGAUAUUCACAAUCAUUUCAAGAAAUACGAGGUGGAGUACCUGCAGUUUGCGUUUCGAUGGAUGAACAACCUGCUGAUGAGGGAGCUGCCACUUCGUUGUACCAUUCGUCUGUGGGACACCUACCAGGCUGAAGCUGAAGGUUUCUCCCACUUCCACCUGUAUGUGUGUGCUGCAUUUCUCAUCGAGUGGCGCAAAGAAAUCCUCUGCAUGGUUGACUUUCAGAGCCUCCUGAUGCUUCUACAGAACCUCCCAACCAUCCACUGGGGAAAUGAGGAAGUGGGUCUCCUCCUGGCCGAAGCCUACAGACUCAAGUACAUGUUUGCGGACGCCCCCAACCAUUACAAGAGAUAGGCAACGAAUCAAACGCGCCUGUGACUGCGAGGACCUGAGCAGUAUUUUUGGUGCAACCCUGAUCAGACCGACGGUGGGAUAAACUUAACUUUAUGCUGUGAAGAUGAAGUUUGCAGAGUCUCGCUGUGAUUUUCGGAUUUUUGAGCGGAGCCAUGAAGCUCCGGCGAAUUUCCUGGACUACAUGCAGUAGACGACGUGCUGUACUGCAUCAGCAGACUGUUACAGUAUAUCAACCACAUGUAUUUAGUUUUUCCUCCUCAGAAAAACAUGCUGGCAUUUUAAAGGAUGGUGAAUGUUUGUGAAAUCCUCCUUUUAAGUGGCAUCUGCAGAUUCUAUUUUAUAUUUGUUUUUCUAAAACAAAAGGAACACUGUAAGAACCAAGCAACUACUGUUUGUUUUCCCCCUCAUUUUAAGCUUAAAGUCAGACACUGUUCUAAAUAGGAAGCACAACGAAGACCCCGACUCCCCUCCCCUCCGACUAAAUCUGCUGGGAACAAUCAGCCUUUUAAAUCCUGGGUUUGGACUGAAUUACCUUCCCGUUUUUACAUUGUAGAAGAAAUGUCUGAGUUUCAUUUCAUGUUUUAGUUUGCUUAGGUAAAAGCUGAAAACCCAGCUCCUUUCCUGGCUGUGAAUCACUUUGAUCAACUUCUAGAGGGUUCAGCUUCCCUUUUCAGUGUAUAAAAUUAUAUUUAAGGUAUAAUUACCUUAAUAAUACCUUAACUAAAGGUUAAGGUAUGUUAAAUAAUACCUUAACUUUUAGUUAGACUUUUAGUUAGUCACCUCAACUAAAAGUACAACUUUUAGUUAAGGUGACUUUUAAAUUAACCCAACUUAGUGGUUGUGAAUAAAGCAUAAUGCGACGUUUUACCCAAUUUUAGUUUCAAAAAAAACGAAAUGCGUCGACUCUUCUUGAUGCCACUGAGUUAUAACUCCUGCAGACCAAUAUGGAAUCACUUUUGUUGCAUGGUGGUCAUUCAUUUUUAAUCUGUAGCCAGAAAAUUAAUUCAAAUGUGACAGAAAAACUGAACAUUUUUUGCUUUGGGAAACAUGGCUGAGUGAAAUUGUUGUAAUUAUCGGCACUUCUUCUUUUCAGCUCUAGUAGAGGGAACUCGUGGAAUCCUGAAUCAAAAACAUGGGGAGUCUGUAUGAAAACGGGGUUCCCGUCUCGUAUCAAGGUCAUCAGAGAGCAGCUGGCAGAUCAAAGUUACAGGAGAAAGACUUGUUGUGCACAGCCUUUUUUAUUUUACCCUCAAUUUUCUUUUGGCUUGACAUCCAGCAUGUUAAUUUAGCUGAUCUGCCUUUUUUUUUUUACGCAACAAGAUGCGUUAUCGUCAUCCUGAAAUGACUUCAUCAUUGCUAAAUCUAUGAUGUAUUGAUUUUACAAGACAAGUACCCAGCGAUACAUUUCCUGAGGAGUUGACCUCUGCUUCACCAUCAGUGUGGAAAAAAAAAAUCUGAAUUGGAAGGUCAGACUUUAAAUAUUGAUGAUCGGCCAGAAAACUGCAAUUGGUACAUCCCUAAUUUCUUUUCUCGAUCAGUUUCUGUUUUCCAGGCACAUUGCUUCUAGUAAAGUCUAGUUUCUCAAUACUUUCUUUUAGAAGCCUUCAUAUCUUUGAGACCCAGCGAACUGGGAACCAACCAACAUUUAGCCAAACUACACCUUGAUCUCACCGUCUUAACAAUGCAAUGUGUCGUUGAGGUCUCCAAAUUAUUUUUAACAGAAACCUGCGUUUGUUCUUGCUUUAGAAAUGUUAAUCACUCAGAAUCCAGAAUUGUUUCUUCUGUUUGAUUUUAAAAAUAUAUGCUGUUGAUAGCAAAGUCAUUUAACGGCUUCAAGGUAUAUUUUUAAAAGCCAUAAUGUUCCGCUGUUAAAAUCAUUUAGUCGUCUGUGUUCUGCUUUAUAUUUGCUAUGUAGUAAAAUAACGGUGCAUCCUCCCAGACCAGUGAUUCCUCAUUCGGUUCUGGCACGAUGAACUUUUCUCCACUCCAGUAAGAAUCAUUUCUACAGUCGUAAAACGGAAUUAGUGUUGUUUUUUUUUUGUUUUUUGUUUUUUUUUUUCAUGCCUGUUGGUACUGAAGGACGUUUAGUCUUAACCUGCUACUGAACACAGCCCAGAGCAGCUGAACAUCCAUGAUGAUGCCUUUGUUUUGAACAUUUGCAAUGUACUCCUGGAAGGUUCUAUAACUUGUAUUUGUGGGUUUUUUUGUUUUGGUUUUUUUUUUCUGAUCCAAGUUUGUUUCAUACAAUGUUGUCGUUUUAAACAUUUACGUUCUCACUCGUCUAUUUACUGUGUGGUAACGGCACAGCUUUACAGCAUGAAUGCUCUGUAUUAUGUGACCAUUUGUUUUCAUCCUCGUGAACCAGAGCCAGUCUGGAUGAAAACCUCUGAUGGAGUGUAAACAUUGGACUGCAGUCCUGAAGAUUUCACACUUUAAUUCUGUCAGCUGAUGAGUUUCAGAGUUGAAGGUGCGACUAGGCAUGCUUCGGUACUUAAACCUCAUUUCACUCCCAAGACGAUCUGGCUCCGUCUUACACCACUUAGGGUACAGUUAGUGUUUAAUACUGAGGUUCAUCAUCUUCAUGGAGUACUCUGAAUGUCUUGUGAGUGUUGCAGUUUGCCUGUAGCCUUAAAACCACAUUCAUUCCUUCAUUCAGGCGAGUCCGCUGAUUGUCACUACCAUGACGGUGUUGUUCGAUCCACGCCGACGUACUUAAAUGUCAUUUGUUCUCGAAAAAUGUGAUGUGAAGAACUAAAUGUUAGUUAGGGGUGAUGAAGCGUUGAUGUGGACUCAACAUAUGAAGCCAAAUAUGUUGUGGGCCAACGCAAAAUGUUUUGAGGCGCUUCGGUUGUCAGAACUGGCUUUAGCCUUAAAUGAAUAAAUCAUUACAGUUCCUGCUGUAUAUUCAUUCUUUUUGUUUAUAUUAAACUAAUUGCUAUUAUUCA